GGGAUGCGUGUGGGGAGCGCGGCCCAGCUCGGCUGUUGCUGGGCGGUCACCUGGGCUUGCCGCCGCGGGAGGAGCCGGGGCUGUCCCGGGAGCUGUCCCGGGAAUGCUUUCACUCGGACCAAACAUGGCUGCGGCCCUGCGCGCUGCAGGCGCCCUGCUCCGCGAUCCGCUGGUGUCCGGCAGCUGGAGGGCCUGUCAGCCAUGGAGGUGGAAGUCGGGUGCAGCUGCAGCAGAAACAGCCCAGCAUGCCCUGGGUGCAAAGCCUCAAGUUCAGCCAGAGAAGAGGAAGCCGAAAACCGGAAUAUUAAUGCUAAACAUGGGAGGCCCUGAAACCCUCGGAGAUGUUCACGACUUCCUUCUCAGACUCUUCUUGGACCGAGAUCUCAUGACGCUUCCUAUUCAGAAUAAGCUGGCACCAUUCAUCGCCAAACGCCGAACCCCCAAGAUUCAAGAGCAGUACCGCAGGAUUGGAGGCGGAUCCCCCAUCAAGAUGUGGACUUCCAAGCAGGGAGAGGGCAUGGUGAAGCUGCUGGAUGAAUUGUCCCCCAACACAGCCCCUCACAAAUACUAUAUUGGAUUUCGGUACGUCCAUCCUUUAACAGAAGAAGCCAUUGAAGAGAUGGAGAGAGAUGGCCUAGAAAGGGCUAUUGCUUUCACGCAGUAUCCACAGUACAGCUGCUCCACCACAGGCAGCAGCUUAAAUGCCAUUUACAGAUACUAUAAUCAAGUGGGACGGAAGCCCAUGAUGAAGUGGAGCACUAUUGACAGGUGGCCCACACAUCGCCUCCUCAUUCAGUGCUUUGCAGACCACGUUCUAAAGGAACUGGACCGUUUUCCACUUGAGAAGAGAAGCGAGGUGGUCAUUCUGUUUUCUGCUCACUCACUGCCAAUGUCUGUGGUCAACAGAGGUGACCCGUAUCCUCAGGAGGUGAGCGCCACUGUCCAAAAAGUCAUGGAAAGGCUGGGGUACUGCAACCCCUUCCGACUCGUGUGGCAAUCCAAGGUUGGUCCGAUGCCCUGGUUGGGUCCUCAAACAGAUGAAUCUAUCAAAGGACUCUGUGAGAGGGGGAGGAAGAAUAUCCUCUUGGUUCCGAUAGCGUUUACCAGUGACCACAUUGAAACGCUGUAUGAGCUGGACAUUGAGUACUCUCAAGUUUUAGCCAAGGAGUGUGGAGUUGAAAACAUCAGAAGAGCAGAGUCUCUUAAUGGAAAUCCAUUGUUCUCUAAGGCCCUGGCCGACUUGGUGCAUUCACACAUCCAGUCAAACGAGCUGUGUUCCAAGCAGCUGACGCUGAGCUGUCCGCUCUGUGUCAAUCCUGUCUGCAGGGAGACUAAAUCCUUCUUCACCAACCAGCAGCUGUGACCCCCGCUGGUGGACCCUGUGGCAUUAGGCAAAUGCCCAACCUCUAGAUACCCCCGACGUGGAGAGGAUGUUGUUUAGAGAUCAAGGAAGGAAAUCACCCUUCCUUGAUAUAUAUACAACCUUUGGGCACAAACUGUGUGAUUUCUUGAGAAUUGGACUCUAUUGAUAGAUUUCUAUUUUUAUAUAACUAUACAGUAAGCAUUUAUAUUUUCUCUCUCUAGGUAUAAGCUACUAGUUUGGAAUGUCCACUAGGACCUUUAUUAAGUAAGUUAAAAAUUUAUCUUAUGAGACACACCUAUUUUAAAUACAGAUUUUGGGUUUAUUGCCCCAAACCCUCCUGAAAGGGCACAGAGAGCCCCCUUUGUGGGCUGUCAGUGUGAAUGCGAUCUGUUUACAGUCUUGUGCAUAUAAUUGCUGUUUUUUAAAUGAACAUAGUUGAGUGUUUGAAAUGAAUUUGAAAAAGAAAUGUUACCUAACUUUUCCCUAAUCCCAUGGGUUACAGAAAGCUAGGGGGGCAAUGUGGUUACCUGCAAUGGCUGCAUUCACCAGCGAGGCCACCAUUCAUUGGUCAUCUUGGUAUUUGUGUGUGAAUCUUACUUUCCUCGAUGUAAAAAGGAAUCGAGUAUGCAUUUCAGAAGUGCUCUGAGAGUCCCCGUACACCCAAGACUAAUAAAUGUGUAGAAGUACAGUGUCUGUCUUAUGUGCCUUGGUGGGAGUCCAGGGUGCCACAGGGAAGGGGCUCCCACUGCUUCCGAUGUCCAGGGACAGCGCUGCUGGAAAGGCCAACGAUGAGCUUCCCCCUGGAGCUCCUCCCGGGACCUCGCGAGCCUUUCCACCUGGCGGCUUCUCUAUCUUAGUCGAAUGCCUUCUUUCUGCACAUUUGUUUUAAGAAUUCUUUUAUAAAGUCAACAGUGCUUUGUAACCUUGAAUUCUUCCUUAAUUUAUGAUUUUUUAUUGUAAAAAUUAUAUAGCCAUACAGUGGGACAUGUAAAGAAUACGGAAAAGUAACCACUUUAAUGUGACAACUAUUAUCAUAAUAUUGUAUUUCAUGCCAGUCCUUUCCUGUAGAUAUUUUUAAUGCCAUUGCAACCUUGGAUUUGUGAGUGAAAAGUGUUUCUAAAAAUACAGAAAUAAUGUCAGAUCAGAAUCUGAUCUUCUAUGUUUGUAUUUAAUGGAUUAAAAGAUUCCUGGUGGUUCUAUGAAGAAUUUGUAAUGAUCACUUCCUCUUUCCUCCAAGCCCUGAAACUUUGUUCUUCAAAAGAGCAUUUCUUUGAUUUUUUUUUUUAUAAAGCAAGUUUAUAAAGUAGAAGUAUUAGGCUAUUCAUAAAUCUUUUAUAUUGAGAAUUGGCUAUGUUAAUAAAUAUUACAACAUCAUUAAUGUUUUAACUAAAUUUGAUUCAUGCUGUCUGUUAAAUCAAAACUGAUCUAAAUUAACCAAAAUUAUUAAAUGUGAGGAACUUUUUUAAUACAGUGAAAGAAGCCUGGCAUCCACUGGAGUUAAUAGUUUUCCUGCAUCGAUGACAGCCCUCAUGAGUAGCAUCUACAUUUUAAAAUUUCCAGUUGGCUUUUCUGUUAGUUGAUUGGGUUUCUAGAGAAAUAUACAAAGCAUAGGCAAUUGUUUAGGAUUUUCCUCUAGCCUUUUCCAUCACCUUCUUGGGGGUUAGGGUCAUAGCAUACUUUGAGUGACCAUCCCACCAUGAAGUGAAUUCUCUGGGUUAGUGGUCUGGUGCUAGAAGGCAGGUUAUUUUUGGAGCCACUCUCACUCCUUUAGGAAACUUUCCAAGGGUCUGCUUCAAUUCUUCAAUGACUUUAAAGGUGAAACAGUAUUUUUAUGGAGAUGAUGCAGAAAACUCCAAUUCAGGAACCCCGGCAAAUAUAUCGGAAGCACUUAUUUGCUAAGGAACUUCUGAAUUGAGAAUACUGGGCUGUCUGGAAUAAUAUCCUUGAUACUGAGUUGGGACUAGACCAGCUUUUAUAGUGACAAAGAGGGAUUUAUUGAGACCGCAGCCUGUGGCAUUUGUUGCUCUCAGCAGUGUUCCCUUGGAUUGUUAGUAACCAUGGAUGGGUAAUGGUCAUACGCUAGGCUAGCAUUUAGUUGGACAAAAUAUUUUUUGAGCUUUGAGAAUUGUCAUCCUGUUGGUCAACUUUGAAAUACAAAUGUUUGCCUUGGUAAUCAGCAAUGAACUGCUGGCAGUUUCUUCAAGCUGUGUCUGCACAGAUCUGACUUUUAAUUGAUGAAUCAACUUCUACAGAAACUUUGCAGGGACAGUGUUGAUGAGGCAAUUUAGCUUGCCAGGGUGAUGGUAAGGCCCAGGCCUCUGCAUGUAUAGUGCUCUUCUAAAGAGUAUGCAUUCUUAAACUGCUUAAGUUUUUAAAAAUCAGUAUAAAUUUUUGCACUCAAAAUUU